AUGACUCAUGCCAUGGAUGCAGUGGAAAGGAAAGUGGAUGGCAUGAAAAGCAACAUGACUCAUGCCAUGGAUGCAGUGGAAGGGAAAGUGGAUGACAUGAAAGACAACAUGACUCAUGCCAUGGAUGCAGGGGAAGGGAAAGUGGAUAGCAUGAAAGGCAACAUUACUCAUGCCAUGGAUGAAAUGAAGGAGAAAGUGAAUGGCAUGAAAGACAAUAUGACGCAUGCCAUGGAUGCAGUGGAGGAAAAAGUUGAUGGCAUGAAAGACAACAUGACUCAUGCCAUGGAUGCAAUGGGGGAGAAUGUGAAUGGCAUGAAACACAACAUGACUCAUGCCAUGGAUGAAAUGACGGAGAAAGUGAAUGGCAUGAAAGACAACAUGACUCAUGCCAUGGAUGCAAUGGGGGAGAAUGUGAAUGGCAUGAAAGACAACAUGAUUCAUGCCAUGGAUGAAAUGAAGGAGAAAGUGAAUGGCAUGAAAGACAACAUGACUCAUGCCAUGGAUGAAAUGGGGGAGAAAGUGAAUGGCAUGAAUGGCAACAUAUCUCAUGCCAUGGAUGCAGGGGAAGGGAAAAUGGAUGGCAUGAAAGGCAACAUGACUCAUGCCAUGGAUGAAAUGAAGGAGAAUGUGAAUGGCAUGACAGACAACAUGACUCAUGCCAUGGAUGCAGUGGAAGGGAAAAUGGAUGGCAUGAAAGACAACAUGACUCAUGCCAUGGAUGCAGCGGAAGGGAUAGUGGAUGGCAUGAAAGGCAACAUGACUCAUGCCAUGGAUGAAAUGAAGGAGAAUGUGAAUGGCAUGAAAGGCAACAUGACUCAUGCCAUGGAUGAAAUGAAGGAGAAUGUGAAUGGCAUGAAAAACAACAUGACUCAUGCCAUGGAUGCAGUGGAAGGGAAAAUGGAUGGCAUGAAAGACAACAUGACUCAUGCCAUGGAUGCAGGGGAAGGGAAAGUGGAUGGCAUGAAAGGCAACAUUACUCAUGCCAUGGAUGAAAUGAAAGACAAAGUGAAUGGGAUGAAAAACAACAUGACUCAUGCCAUGGAUGACACUCCAUCUGAACUAUCGAACGUUAAUAUGAAUACCAGCAGCCCUACUGAUAAUAAGACCAGCACCAGUGCUCAUAGUUACAAUGAACUUAGUCCUAGUAACGCUAGUUCUGGUCCCGCUGGUAAAUCUAGCGACGGUGGUUUGCGAAACUCAAAUUCUGGUGACGGAAGAUCCACGGAUGCCGGCACUAGUAGCACCAGCACUGGUGAUUCAGGCAUUAGUGUCAGUAGCACAAUUCAGCCUGGCACUAGUGGCACUGGCAUAAGUGUUACAGGCACUAGUGUUAACUACACUAGUGACAAUGACACUAGUGGCACUGGCACUGGUAGCACUGGCACUAGUGGCACUGGUACUAGUGGUACUGGCACUAGUAGCACUGGCACUAGUAGCACUGGCACUAGUGGCACUGGUAGGGACAAGACGGCGCUGGUUGGGUUCGUACUGAGGCAAGUGUUCGGCUGA